UGGUGUUACAUCACACCAGCAACUUCUCGGGUGCUGUCAGUCUGCGUUACCAAACAAAGUUUACAUCGCGAUUAUUUUUUAUUUCCAUGCUGGAUGGUUGUACCAUUUUGUUGAAACGUCAACUGUUCCGUUGAGUUUAUAAAACUGGAGGAAUUAGUAGCCUUAGCCUACGUUUCAGAAACACGUUUAAUGGGAUUGAUGUGAAUUUGUGAAGAGGACAAGGAAGUAGAAUUUUCGGAAUCCAAACAACUUCACCUGUCUAAUCGUGGGAGAUAUAGGCUGAUGAAGACUACUGGUGUCAUCUACUGGAUCUCAAAGAAAAAUAAGGAAUUCAGAUAGACUACGGUUUUCACAUCUGUCAAGAUUUAAUUUGCCUUUUUGAGUUUCCUUCGUGUGGGCUACAUUGCUGCUCAAAAGUUGCUGGAACUUUCCGUGUUCAUGUUUUGUAUAACGGCAGUGACCGAUAAGAUACUAACAACAGGUAGCUGUGUUGCAAUUAGACAACUGUAGAAACUUUGAACCAUCACUCCUCAUCUGAGAGUUUCUUAUGGUCACUUCAGUGGCUUCCGCUUUCACUGACCACUCUAUGGCCGCUUGGACCAUUAUCAGGUAGCAUAGUUGGACUCGCGUGCGCUUAACCUACCUCUUCGCUGUUCCAGGCAUUGAGUUCAGUUUUUGCAAACUAUAUUCCCAAGUAGCCCUCAGUGAGUAGACGAAUGUAAACACAUUUCCUGCGGCUGACUGAACCUCUUUAGUGACACCUGUUGCUCUUCCGUGAGCGUCAGGUAGCAGCAGCUAGAGUGAGAACGUAGCCGUGUGAAACUCGUGUAAUGUUUUUACCCAUGUAGAUUCUUGACACUUUUAAAGCAUAUCAGACGUUAACGGCGACAUGAAAGUAACCGUGAAUUUCGGAAGAACUGGCGUAGUUGUUCCAUGCAAGGAUGGCUGGGUUGUUCGGGACCUUAUGGAACAGGCUACCCAAAGAUACAGGAAGAUUGUGGAACAGGAUGGGGAGGUGCGCGUGCGGACGCACCAUGUAGAGUACGCAGACGGGGGGAUCCUGGACCCAGAUGACGUGCUGACUGACCUGGUGGAGGACCGCGACAAGCUGGUUGCAGUCUUUGAGGAGCAGGAGGUCCAGCAGAGGGCAGCGGUGAGCCCGGGGGGCAGCGUGGUGUCCAGCAGCUCCAGCUCCCCGAACCCCUCCGAACCGGAGCUCCGCGCUCUCAUGCCCGCCAGCGGCAGCGAAAUUGAAGUGACCAGCUCCGCCCUGAAGUCCAAUACCCCUCUGUUGGUGAGGAGCAGCAGUGACUCAGCGCUGGCCAAGCCACAGGCGUUUGGGCCACCACAGCCUAACCACCACAGCCCUGACAGCAGCCCGCCCCCAGCACAGGGGGCCAGCCAUGUUGUGAGCCAGCCCCAGAGUAAGGGAGGACCCAUGGAGAGAGUGAAGAACCCCAAGAUCACCACCAGUAGCCUGACAAGGACAGUGGAGUUCACUGGAGAUCAGGGACCACUGGGAAUUAAAGUGGUGCCAUACUCCUCCUCGCUCAGUGGAAGGUCCAUGGGCCUUCAUGUGCGAGGUUUAGAGGAGAGCGGUCGUGCCAAGAGGGAGGGCAUCUUUCAGGAGGACGAGAGUAUCGUACAGAUCAAUGACACUCCACUAAUGGACAAGUCAUUCGCCCAGUCGCAGGAAGUCUUCCGGCAGGCCAUGACCUCUUCCUCUCCGGUGCGUCUGGAGGUGCUUCCCAUGGCCAACAAGCUCCGCUUCGAGAAGGCCCUGAUCGGACAGCUCUUCAACCACGACGGCCCCGUCGCGGACACCUUUACCAAAUCCCGCAGCCCCCUUCUGCUGCGCCCGAAACUGGGCGCUAUACGAGAGAACAAACCCCAGACCCCUCCUCGCUCCCCUGAACCACCAGUGGCUGCUCCUGCCAUUGCCCCAGGCCUUACCCCAGCUCCUGCCCCUGCCUCCUCUCCUGCCCCUGUACGAGCCCCCUCGCCUCAGAAGGAGGAGCCUCCAGCCAGGAACACCCCCGAGCUCCCGCGAGCAGCCGAGUCCACGCCCCCCAGGACUGCCUCGGCCUCUCCUACGCCGUCGUGGGGGCGGAGCGAAAGCCCCCUGUCCAAGAAGGGCCCCGCCCUCGCCACACUGGUCAACCAGCUGGCCAGUAAGAAAGGAGGGAGGAAGAUGAAGAUCGACCUGAAGAAGGGCACUGAGGGCUUGGGUUUCACCGUGGUGACGCGUGACUCCUCGGUGCACGGCCCGGGGCCCAUCCUGGUCAAGAGCAUCCUGCCCAAAGGAGCCGCCAUCAAGGACGGACGGCUGCAGUCAGGCGACCGCAUCCUGGAGGUGAACGGUGUGGACAUGACCGGUCGUACUCAGGAGGAGCUGGUGGCCAUGCUGCGCAGCACCAAGCUGGGGGAGACCGUCUCCGUGGUGGUGAUACGCCAGGAGGAGAUGUUCCUGCCUAGAGAACUGAAGGGGGAGCCCACAGGUGUGCUGCUGCAAGAGGAGGGCCGGGAGCAGCUGAUGUUCGAGGUGCCUGUGAACGACUCCGGCUCGGCUGGCCUCGGGGUCAGUCUGAAGGGCAACAAGUCCCGUGAGACUGGAGAGGACCUGGGCAUCUUCAUCAAGUCCAUCAUCCACGGAGGAGCUGCCCACAAGGAUGGCCGCCUGCGGGUGAACGACCAGCUCGUGGCCGUCAACGGCGAGGCCCUCGCGGGCCGCUCCAACCACGACGCCAUGGAGAAACUGCGGCGCUCCAUGUCCACGGAGGGCAACCUGCGGGGCACCACCCAGCUGGUGGUCAUGCGCUCCCAAGGACACUCGUCCCCUGCCCAGGAGCCUGUGGAGGUGCUGUCCAAUCAGGCUCUGCUUCCGCCUGCUGCUCAGAGGCAGCCCAGCAGCUCCAACCAGCCACCUAUGGUGGUCAACAGCAUUUAUGAGAGUGCUCCAGCCCGACCCUCCAAUGGCAGUUACGUUCCUCCUGAGGAAGACUACGGCUACGAUGACGAGGGCUUCCCCCCUCCCCCUUCACACCUGAUGGUGGAAUCAGCAAUGAGCCCUCAGCACAUAUAUGCUGCAGAGAGGGGGCCAGGAAACCCUGCGGCCUACACUUCUCGUCACAUGCCAGAGCAACCCCAGAGCUUUCCCAACCACAACAGGAACUCCAAGAGCAUGGACCUGGUGCCCGAUGAGAGCAACGUCGGAUCUCUGGCUGGUCCGACAGCAGGAGCUGCUGCUGGGGCCAGUAAAGAGCUUGGCGCGCGGCUGGGCCUCCAGAAGUCCAGCUCCCUGGAGAGCCUGCAGACGGCCAUGUCGGAGGCCGGCAAGAUGGAGGUGCCCUUCCACCGCCCGGCCACCCACAUGGUGCGUGGGCGCGGCUGCAACCAGAGCUUCCGCUUCGCCAUCGACAAGUCCUACGACGGCCCCUCGGAACCCGAAGACGAUGACUUCUCUGACGAGAGCUCUGGCAGAGACACGCCCAACAGCACCUCCUCCCGCCAGGAACUGGAGGACGAUGGCAAGAAGAAGAAGAAGAAGAAAAAGAAGGAGAAGAAAAGCAAAAGCAAAUCUGACGACCCCGAAAAGAAGACCAAGAGGAAGUUUGGAUUGCUCAGGUUUGGGAAGAAAAACAAGGAGGCCAAAGCUAAAGGCAAGCUUGACGCUCUGAGUGAAGAGGAACUGGACCGCAAGAUUGAGGGGACCAGAAGUGAGGUGGACAGCCCCACUCCGGACAGGGUGCUACUGCCGGACGUGGAGGACGACGAUCAGGACCCCAACUACGCCCGCAUCAACAACUUCCGCCAGCCUCCCACCGCUGCUGCCCCUUCCCCUACCCCUGCCCCCGCCCCCGUCCCUUCCCACAGCAGGGAGCCGUCCGCUGAGGACCCACGGGAGGGCCUCUACGCCAAAGUCAACAAGCAGAGAGCCCCACCCUCAGCCGUGACUGACAGUAAUGGGGAUCGGAUGCAGCAGAUCAGGCGAGACCUCCAGCACACGCGCUCGGCUCCGUCUUAUGAGGAGGUGGAGGCCCAACGUCGGCACCAGCAGGAGUACGACCCCACACGGAUGGCCAUGAGUAGUCCUGACCAGCGGAUGGCUCCGCGAUAUGAAGAUGUUUAUUCCCAUCAGCCCAGGCGGAUGCCAGUGGACGAGCGCCUUGCCCAGCACUGGUCCCCCAAAAGGGAGCCAGCCCGAUACCCGGCCCCCGCCCCGCAGUACAACUACCCCCAGCGCGAGACCUACCCCCUCAACUACCAACCGGCGCCUUCCUACGCCCUGCGUGAGAGCUACUCCAUGCCUGACAGCUACCCCCAGAGGCAGGGGCCGGGGCAGGGGCAGGGGCAGGUGCCAGGCUCCCCACGGUUGCCUAUGCCCCGCUCGGCAGAGCUGGAGCGCCGCUACCGACCCCCCUACCCCUCCCACCCGUCGCCGUCCUCUGUCCACAGGGUGCCAGUCCGGCAGGACGUGCCCCGCUCUCCCACGCUGGCGCUCCGCGCCCCCCGCUAUGAGCAGGUGGUCCAGGCGGGCUACCGCAGCGCCAGCCCUGACCGCUACGGAGCCUAUGGGGAGGCCAGCACACACCACCAGGACCCCCGCCAGAAGAACUCACUGAUCGGGGCAGUGUAGAAGGGCGGAGACCGUAUGAUGAUGUGGCAAUGUGUUAAUAUGGACGAUUGUUUUCUUUAGCAUGUCUGUGUAAGAAAAAGAGAGUGAAAGCAGAAAUGAACUGAUGGCGAUGAAGUGGGGGUGGCGGGUAGUUACAUGAAUGAGGGAUGGAUAGAGAGAGAUAGAGAAAGACAGAACCCCAGUCCUGGGCUUCCUUUUUUCCUGGCUUGUGCAUUUGAGUAUAUGUGUGUGUGUCUGUGGUCUUGUUUCUGCUGACCUCUCGGGAACUGUCUGAGUGUGCAUGCAUUCCCUUGGGUCAGGUGUGUGUGUGUGUGUGUCUGCACCAGUAGGUACGGAUGUGCCCACAUACAUGUAUACGUGCAUGGCUGUACUCUCUAUCGGCGUCCUGUGAGUACUUAAACUCUUGGUCUGUGAGGUUUGUUGUGUGUAAGCUGUGAAUUAAUCAUCAAACCAUACCGACUGCCAAUGAAUCUCAUUUAGCUCUCCGUGUCGCUACGUCUGUGCCAAUUUAGUUUUUGUUGUGUACGGCGACAACAAUCAUGCCAGGAAAUGUAGACAAACAUAGACACAUCCCCUUGAGAACUACAAUACAAUGGGUGCCUUAAUCAGCCUGUAAGGUGUGAUAGACUUGUGUGUACAUAUUUCUUUUAAGUUUGUGGAAUGGGGAAAAGUCUUAUGUCAUAUAAACAGGUGUUUGUUUUAGGUUUAAGAUUAAAUGGAUAACUCUAUAAAUGUGAUGUGAAAUAUUGUUUCCUACUGUUACUUUGGUGAACUGACUUGGCCUUGAGGUUAUUUUAAACUAUUGUGACUCUUAUUUCCUUAUUUAAUGUUCAGAGGAAGUGUAUGUGUGUGCGUGUGUGUGUGUAGGGAGGCGUGUGUGUUGAUCAAUUGAUGGUACCAGUGACCCCUUUGCACUCCUCUGCAAGUGUGUGUGUGUGUGUGUGUGUGUGUGUGUGUGUGUGUGUGUGUGUGUGUGUGUGUGUCCUGCCCUGCCCUGCUCUUUAACUCGCCCACAGAACAAAGACAAGAUGUAGGUGGUACAGUAACAAGUUCACAGAGGAGCUGGAGGUCUCCACUGAGGGGAAAUGGACAGGAUAAAUAAGGCCCAUCCAAAAGCAGCCUCCCACCCCUGUGCCCCUGGGUGGGUUGGAGGUCACGCUCUCCUUUUGUUUCUUGUCUCUGGUUGUAAUUAUUUCAAAUGUAUAGGUCUUCCCUUUCUGUAGCGUGCCUUUUUUUUAAACAAAGUCUCCAUAGCAUCUCCCGUCGGGAUUUGUUGGGAUUUUAUGAAGGGUUUAACUCUGUAAACAUUCACUCCAGUCAGAGGAAAAUGGCGCAUGUAUUAAAACAACUCACUGUUCUACUCUGCAUUUAUGUAUCAUACCUGGAGAGCAGAGGGGGAAAGAAUCCCAGGUGGAAUUCUGUCUUUCCUUCUUAUAGUAGAUCUAAAUAUCAGCGUAACCUUCUUUGUGGUGUAUUGUAUAUCAUAAAUGGUUAUCAAACUGUAUUCCAUUACUCUGUAUAUGAAACACUUUGAAUUGUGGGUUUCCUCAUAUCUGCAUGUUUUAUAUAUGUUUUACAUUAAAUAUCCCUUUUAAAAAACGG